AUGAUAGUUUGUCAUUUAUCAUACGGCUGCUUUACUAUUGUGCAUCUAAAUAACGAUCCAUGCUCACCUAUUCGCGUUAUUAUUGCGAAUAAUCGCGAUGAAGUUAUUUUUCGACCAACGAAUGAUGCUGCUUACUGGCCUAAUGAUCUUUCUUAUAUAUAUGGUGGCCAUGAUACUGUACGAAAUUAUAGCACUUGGUUAAGUAUGAACACAAAAACUGGUCGGGUUGCUAAUUUAUUGUUUUUAGCUGGACAAUAUGCAGUUAGUCCUGCAAGGCCGAGUGGUCCACUGGUGGCACUGUAUCUACAUACCAAUUAUUCGUCUAUGAAAACCAUCACUUAUAUGAAUGAAUUUUUUACUAAUGGCAAUGAAUACAACGGUAUUAAUUUACUUUUGAUUGACUACUUAGAGAACGGAUAUUGGAAAUUAUAUCACUCGAAUAAUAACGAAACAGAUGAAUCGAAUGUCAUUUUGCAUUCAUUAGUAUCUGGUGCAUUCGUAAUAUCAAAUAAUAUGUUUACAAGACCAUUUCAAAAAGUACUAUUUGGUAGUAAACUGUUUAGUGACAUUUUGGAGCGCUAUAAAAACAUGUUUAACGAUUAUAUUGAAGAAAAUAUAGAUCCACAACCGAAAUGGCCACGAUAA